AUGCUGCGCGGCGGGGCCCCCCUGGCCGCGCUGCUGCUGGCGGCGCUCAGCCUGGCCCGCGGGGAUCCCCCGGCGGCCUCGGGGUGCGGGAUGGAGGCUCCGAGCCGCCGCGCCGCGCCCCCGCAUCACCCCCUCGGGCUGUACCCGCAGGGUCCCGCCGCGCUCGGCGCUGCUCCCCCGCGGGGCCGGAGACCGCGGGGAGCCGGGGCAGGCGGAGACGAGGUGGGCGGCCGGGGCUGGGGGGAGAGGCGGCGCGGGCGGGAGCCGCAGGUGCCGGGCUCCCCCCGGGAGCUGCCCGCGCUGUACUUCUCGGGCGGCCGGGAGCAGCUGGCGGCGCGGGCGGAGGCGCUGCCCGCCGUCCCGCGGGAGGAGUUCACCCUGGAGCUCUGGGUGAAGGCGGAGGGCGGACAGAGCAACCCGGCCAUCAUCGCAGGCGUCUUCGACAACUGCUCGCACGCGGCCAGCGACAGGGGCUGGGCACUGGGCAUCCGUGCCCUGCAGCUCGGUGGGAAGAAGGACGCCCGCUUCUUCUUCUCCCUCCGCACGGACCGGGCGGCCACGGCCACAGAGGUGACCUCCUACCACCGCUACCGCCCCGAGGCGUGGACACACCUGGCUGCCAGCUAUGACGGGCGCUGGAUGGCCCUCUACGUGGACGGGGUGCGGGUCGGCCGUGCUGGCGGGCAGGAGGGACCCCUGCACAGCGCCUUCAUGUCCUCCUGCCGCACGCUGCUGCUGGGAGGGGACGCCUGGGGCACCGCACACACUUUCCGGGGACACCUGGCCGGGCUGGCCCUGUGGCGUGGUGCCCUGCCCCAAUCCCACCUCCAGUGUCCCUUCCUAGAGGAGGCGGCCGAGGGGGCGGCAGGGCUGGCUCUGGCCGCUGGCUUUGCCACCCCGGAGGAACGCUGGGUGCCCUUUCGGGAGGGCGCCUUCCCCCAGCAGUGGGUGCUGCUCCCCGCCACCCCCGUCCUGCGGCCGCUGGGCCCCCCCGCGUGCGGGCAGACUGCCUGCGACAACGUGGAGCUGGUCUCCCACUACAACCAGCACUGGCCGCUGCGCAGCUGGAAGGUGGUGCGGUACCGGGUGGUGAACCUGGCGGAGGAUGACGGCGGGCGGCCGACGGUCAGCUGGGAGCAGAUCUGGCGGCAACACCGGGCACUGAGCGAGGCUUUCCGGCCCUACAACAUCUCCUGGCAGCUCAGCUUGCUGGAGGUGCACAACUCGUCCCUGCGCCGCCGCGCUGUCCUCCUGGGCUGCGAGCCCAGCAAGGUGGGCAACGAGCGCUGUGACCCCGAGUGCGAGCACCCCCUCACCGGCUACGAUGGCGGGGACUGCCGGCGGCCCGGCCGCUGCUUCUCCUGGAAGCGCCGCGACGGCGUCUGCCACAUGGAGUGCAACAACGUGUUGGACGACUUCGAUGACGGCGACUGCUGCGACCCCUGGGCCACCGACGUGGCCAAGACCUGCUUCGACCCCGACUCACCCCAUCGGGCGUACAUGAGCGUGAAGGAGCUGAAGGAGGCACUGCAGCUGAACAGCACCCACUUCCUCAAUGUUUACUUCGCCAGCUCGGUGAGGGAAGAGUUGGCUGGUGCUGCCACUUGGCCGUGGGAUAAAGAGGCCCUGAGUCACCUGGGUGGAGUUGUCCUCAACCCUGCCUACUACGGCAUGCACGGCCACACCAACACCAUGAUCCACGAGGUGGGGCACGUCCUGGGGCUGUACCACGUCUUUAAGGGAGUGAGCGAGCGGGAAUCUUGCGAUGAUCCCUGCAGGGAGACAACUCCGUCCAUGGAGACGGGAGACCUCUGUGCUGACACUGCCCCCACCCCAAAGAGUAAACUGUGCCGGGAUCCAGACCCUGCCAACGACACCUGCGGCCAGACACACUUCACAGGGACACCCUUCAACAACUACAUGAGUUACACAGAUGAUGACUGCACCAACUCCUUCACCCCCAACCAAGUGGCCCGGAUGCACUGCUACCUGGACCUGGUGUACCAGCGCUGGGGACACGGCAAGAAGCCGGCGCCCAUCCCGAUCCCUCCCAUGGUGACGGGGCAGACGCAGGACUCCCUCAGCAUCUACUGGCUGCCUCCCAUCAGUGGUGUCAUCCACGAGAGGGAGCAGGACACGCUCUGUGACAGCUGUGCAGAGGAUGGCACCUUCCGGCAGUACGUGCACGAGGCCUCCUCCCCUCGGGUCUGCGACUCCUCCGGCUACUGGACCCCAGAAGAGGCAGAAGGCCCCCCGGACGUGGAUCAGCCCUGUGGGCCCAGCCUGCAGGCCUGGAGUCCGGAGCUCCACCUGUCUGACAUGAACAUGACGGUGCCGUGUCCCCAGCCCGACGGCUGCAUCCUGGAGCUGCGCUUCCUGCACCCCGUCUACCCCGACUCCCUCACCCUCUGGACCACGUACCUCUCCAUGGGCUCUCCCAAGGCGCUGUCUGACAUUGAGAUCCUGACGGAGCAGGGGGAGUCCAUCCACCUGGGCCCCCUGGACACCUUCUGCGACGUCCCCUUCACCGUGAAGCUCAACAUCCCCAAAAAGGUGUCCGGAGUCAAAAUCUACACCUUUGACGAGAGGAUGGAGAUCGACACGGCCCUGCUGACCUCCAUGCCCCACAGCUCCCUCUGCUCCUCCUGCAGGCUGGUGCAGUACCGGCUCCUCCGGGACCCCCCGUUCGCGGGCGGCUCCCCUGCUGCCCCCGUGCAGGUGCAUCGCCAGUUCAUCGACACGGAAGUCACACCUGGGCACGUGUACCGCUACCAGGUGCAGGUAGUCUCUGGGACAACCUCAGGAGAAGCCUCCCCACCGCUCGUCCAUGUCCACGGAGCACCCUACUGUGGGGAUGGGAAGGUGACCAUGAGCCUGAAGGAGGAAUGUGAUGAUGGGGACUUGCUGGAUGGAGAUGGCUGUUCCAGGAAGUGUAAAAAGGAAAAAGGCUUCAACUGUGUUGGGGAACCAAGCCUGUGCUACGUGCAUGAUGGGGACGGGGUGUGCGAGCCUUUCGAGAGGACAAGCAGCAUCCUGGACUGUGGUCCCUACACUCCUGAUGGAUACGUGGAUCUGUGGGCAGUGAGAGCCUAUGCCUCCCACCAGGAUGGGAAGUCCUGCCCUGCUUCCUUGGUCACUGGAGAACCUGUUGUGAAGGUAUGUAAACCCCACCUUCACGAUGUGCCAAAGGACCUUUUACAGGCUGCUUGGUUCCCCUGUGCUCACAGCCAAGAGAAUGCUCAGGACCCAGAUGAGGAGAAGAUGCCCUUGCAUGAUGAGGGAGUUUGGCUCAAGGUUUGCUUUGAGAGACCUGCAGUGCCCACCUCCCUCCUGGUCUUCCUGGCCUCCUCCGGCACUGUCCCAAGCCAGCAGCACAAGCCGAUGGUUGCUGUCCAGCUGAUUGACACAGACGGAGGGAACCGCUCUCUGGGGAUGUACGAGCUGUCGUGCCAGCACAACCCCCUCGUCAUCAACGUGACCCAAGGCCAAGAGGACCCAUCCCACCUGGUUGCUUCGGUGCUUCUCAACUUCUCCUCCCCUCUCGUGGGCAUCGCAGCCGUGGCCUUGCGGACCCCAGCUCAGCCUGGCUCCUCUGGGCCCACCACCUGCCUCCUGCAGCACGAGGAGGGCUGUGGCCAUCGGUGCUACAGCUGUGCCCACGGUGCCUGUGUGGGAUCAGGAAGCUGCACACAGCCACUGCUUGCUCACACUGCUGCCCUGAACUGUUCCUCGGAUGGCCCGGGGCACAUGGUGUGCACUGUCACCUGCCAAAGGGGCUUUGUCCCCUGCGCCAGCAGUGGGAAGAGCCUGGGCCCCAGCCAGCAGGAGGUGGUGCUGACGUGCAGCUCGGGACGGUGGGACAGAUCUGUGACUUGUGACCCCAUCGACUGCGGUGUCCCUGACCAGUCCCACGUGUACUAUGCCGAGUUCUCCUGCCCCAUGGGGACCACCUACCUGCAGAGAUGCUCCUUCUCCUGCAUCCACCCAGCCAAGCUUCAAGGAACAAACGAGUGGCUGAGCUGCCUGGAGGACGGUCUCUGGUCGCUCCCCGAGGCCUACUGCAAGCUGGAGUGUGACGCGCCACCCGCCGUGGCCAACGCCAAGCUCCUGGUCCCUCGGUGCCUGCAGGGGAACCACGACGUGGGCUCCGUCUGCCGCUACAAGUGCAAGCCUGGGUACCAUGUGGCUGAGAACUCGGUGGACAAGCCCAAGAGGAAGUUCCUGAAGGUCCAGUGCCUGGAGAGUGGGCAGUGGGAAGAAGGUCGCUGCGUCCCCGUGGUGUGUGAGCCUCCACCUCCUGUCUUCGAGGGCAUGUACAACUGCACCCAGGGCUUCGAGCUGGACAGCCAGUGUGUGCUCAACUGUGAGCCACAGGGACAGCAGGUUCCCAUCGUCUGCACCAAGGAAGGCUCGUGGACAGAGGAGUUCAAACUGUGUGAGAGCUUGCGGGGCACCUGCCCACCACCCCCAGAGCAGAACUUCGUGGAGUACAAGUGUGAGCAGGGGCACGGAAUAGGUGCUGAGUGCACACCCUCCUGUGUCAUCCCUCCCAGUGACCCCGUCAUACUGCCCAAAAAUGUCACUGCUGAGACAAUGGAUCACCGGCUGCAGCCCACCAGAGUCCAGAACAUUGUGUGCACGGGCAGGCUGCGCUGGUACCCGGACCCCUCCGUCAUUCACUGCAUCCAGUCGUGUGAGCCCUUCCAAGCAGACGGCUGGUGUGACACCAUCAACAACCGGGCGUACUGCCAGUAUGAUGGUGGGGACUGCUGCGCCUCCACACUGUCCUCCAGGAAGGUGAUCCCGUUCGCUGCUGACUGCGACCAGGACGAGUGCACGUGCCGUGACCCGGCGGCCGAGGAGAACCAGUAG